AUACACUGCUUGAAAGCGCAUUGCUCCUUCUCCUGCCUCCUCCGUCGCUUCCCUGAUUCCUCUUGAGAGCACCCAAGAUCAGAUUCGGGAAGGAGGACUCCACGUCUCGCUGCCAUCACAUCCGGUGAAGAUCUCGAGCUCCUGAAGGGGGAUGGAGAGAAACAGGGACUCACCAGACGCAGCGGCGACCGCGUCCGAUUGUGUCGACCGCGGCGAUCCGUUGUCAGGGGCCGAGUUCGAGGUGUUCGAGGUGUUCUUGAGUUUCAGAGGCACCGACACCCGCCUCGGCUUCACCGACUGCCUCUAUCACUCCAUGGUUGGAGCUGGGAUUCGCGUCUUCAGAGACGACGAAGAGAUCCGAAAGGGCGAAAAGAUCGGAGGCGAGCUUCUGCGUGCCAUCGAAUCCUCUAAAAUAUUCGUGCCCAUCUUCUCUAGGAAUUACGCAUCCAGCGCGUGGUGUCUUCGGGAGCUCAAGCACAGGGUGGAGUACUCGGCCAAAGCGAACGACAAAGUGAUCCUACCCAUUUUCUAUGACGUGGAUCCUGACGAUGUGAAACUCAAAACUCCAUUAUACGUUGACGCUUUGAAGCAGCACGAGGAGAAGUUUGGCCGUGAUGAUGUUCGCGAAUGGGAGGAGGCUCUGACAGAGGUUGCAAGAAUCAAGGGAUGGGGCUUGAAGAACAGAGGGCAUGGCGAAAUCAUCAACGCUAUUAGGGAUGAUGUUUUGACUAAGCUGAAGAAAAGAAUGAGAAAUUUGCCGGAUCAUUUAGUUGGGAUUCAUGAUCAUGUGGAAGCUAUCAUGGACUUGUUAAACAAAGGUUCUCCUGAUGUUUGUUACCUGGUCAUCCAUGGAAUGGGUGGAAUCGGUAAGACAACCCUUGCAAGUGCCGUGUUUAAUCAAAUUUCCAAUCAAUUUCAAGGCUGUAGCUUCCUCUCGGACGUGCGCGAAUCAAUGCAAAGUGGUAAAAUUAUUAAGUUACAAAAACAAUUGUUAUCAGAAAUUCUCCAGGACAAUUCUCUAGGUAUCCCUGAUUCCAUUGAUGCAGGGAUUAGCAUAAUUAGAGAAAGGUUUCGUGAUAAGAAAGUUCUCAUUGUUCUAGAUGACGUUAAUAAGUGGGACCAGCUCUCUAAAUUAGCAGAAAAGAGCAAUUGGUUUGGUCUUGGAAGCAAAAUCAUCAUUACAACAAGGGACAUCAAUUUUUGCCGAUCAAAGAGGAGGAGGAAGAGAGUAGUUGCCUAG